UUUAAAAUGUCUAUUUACAGUGGCUUUGCCACCCGAAAUCAAGAGGAGUUUUAUAAUAAACUAGUUCAGAAGCUGAUAUCAAUGAUGUCUGACAAAAUCAUAGCUGAUUUGAAAGGGAAAUCUUUACCUGAUGAGCAUUCUUGGAGCAAAAGUAUCACGAAAAUUCAUAAAACACUUGCUUAUAUGGAACAGGCAAAGUAUUUAGAACCAAAGUUCAGCUAUUGUUUUGAUGACUUAACAGCUUUGCUUCUAAGAAGUGGGAAUAUUAGUGACUCUACUAGAAUGAGCAGGAUCUCUGCUGUUGAUAGAAUUCAGACAAAAAUGAAAUAACUUUAAGUCUCUUCCUAUAUCUCCAAAAGGUCUUAAGCAUAAAAUAAGGAAUAAGAACGGAAAUAAUAAAGCAGUUCUAAAGUUUUUGGCUACUUCUGAAAUAGCUUCUUCACCAAACAUUGAAACUUCCUCCAUAACAGCAGAGGAAAACAGAAAUGUUACGAGCACUAAAAGAGGGAAGAUGCCUGUUUUAGUACCUGAAAUUUAAGAAUAUAAAGAAAUCUCGUAAAAAGCAUAAUAAUUCUCAAAUUCCAAAUCAUAUUGGCUUAGAGGAGAUUAAGAGAGAGAAACUAAGCAGUACCCGGUAUUGGAGAUCCAAGCCGACCACUAGCUUUAGCAAAAAGCAUUCCGCUAAUGAUCAAUAUUAUUAUGUUUCGAAGAAGUUUAGGAUUGAUAAGGGAUACCAAAAGUCUACUUCUGGUAACAGCUUACUGAGAAAAACAAGCAUAACUUUGAGAGAUUCUAACCUAGGGAAAGUCAAGUUUGGUGGAAGGAUCAAACCUAUCAAGCUCCAACACCAUAUUCGUCCAAAAAGGUAGCUCUACAUGCUU